GUCCCAGAGCCAGGUUCGAGGCCCGACUCUUCCUGCAGCCCCCCUACCCCCCGUUGUGACCUUGGACCAGUCUUUCUCUCACCAAGCUUCCGCGACCGCAGCGGUGAAAUGGAGGCAGGAUGGUCCGCUGAGAGUUGGUACCAGUAGAGGGGUCGGCAAGGAAACCCCAGCCUUCCUCAGUUCUCUCUUCUCCAGGACAUUGUUAGUGGACCGCGAGUCAUGGCAGUGCUUAACUGUUCGAGUGACCUUGGGCGAGUCCCUUGUUUUGACGUUUCUCUACAGAUGUGAUGGACUAACCUCUUCGAAUGUCCCUGUACUAUUUUGGUGUUCCUGAUGCAGACAAAAACAAGUAGCAGGAAGGCAAGAUGACUUCCCUGCUCCGAGAUUGGAACAGCUGAAGAAACCACAAGACAACAUGAGAACCACAAAGGUCUACAAACUUGUCAUCCACAAGAAAGGCUUUGGGGGCAGUGAUGAUGAGCUAGUCGUGAACCCUAAAGUAUUUCCUCACAUCAAACUUGGAGACAUUGUGGAGAUUGCUCACCCCAACGAUGAGUACAGUCCUUUGCUUUUGCAAGUCAAGUCUCUUAAGGAAGAUUUACAGAAAGAAACUAUCAGUGUGGACCAGACUGUGACUCAAGUAUUCCGGCUAAGACCCUAUCAAGAUGUCUAUGUGAAUGUUGUAGACCCCAAGGAUGUGACUCUUGACCUGGUGGAAUUGACGUUUAAGGAUCAGUAUAUUGGCCGUGGGGAUAUGUGGCGACUAAAGAAAAGUUUGGUGAGCACCUGUGCCUAUAUCACUCAAAAAGUGGAAUUUGCUGGCAUCAGGGCACAGGCUGGUGAGCUGUGGGUCAAGAAUGAGAAGGUCAUGUGUGGUUACAUUAGUGAAGAGACCAGGGUGGUGUUCCGUUCUACGUCGGCUAUGGUUUACAUAUUUAUUCAGAUGAGCUGUGAAAUGUGGGAUUUUGAUAUUUAUGGGGAUCUGUACUUUGAGAAAGCUGUGAACGGUUUCCUCGCCGACCUGUUUACUAAAUGGAAGGAGAAGAACUGUAGUCAUGAAGUGACUGUGGUCCUGUUUUCCAGAACUUUCUAUGAUGCAAAAUCUAUUGAUGAAUUUCCUGAAAUAAACCGAGCUUCAAUUCAAGAGGAUCACAAAGGGAGAUUCUAUGAGGACUUUUACAAAGUGGUGGUGCAGAAUGAGAGAAGGGAAGAGUGGACUUCACUCCUUGUGACCAUUAAAAAACUCUUCAUCCAGUAUCCAGUGCUGGUGCGACUGGAACAGGCAGGGGGCUUUCCUCAAGGAGACAAUUCUACCUCAGCACAAGGAAACUACCUAGAGGCCAUCAACUUGUCAUUCAAUGUGUUUGACAAGCACUACAUCAACCGAAACUUUGACCGAACUGGGCAGAUGUCUGUGGUGAUCACGCCAGGGGUGGGUGUCUUUGAAGUGGACCGCCUACUCAUGAUCUUGACCAAGCAGCGGAUGAUUGAUAAUGGAAUUGGUGUGGACUUAGUGUGCAUGGGAGAGCAGCCAUUACAUGCUGUGCCAUUAUUCAAGCUACACAACCGGAGUGUUCCGAGGGAUUCUCGACUGGGUGAUGAUUAUAAUAUUCCUCACUGGAUAAACCAUAGUUUCUACACAUCCAAAAGCCAGCUCUUUUGUAACAGUUUCACUCCCCGGAUAAAACUAGCAGGAAAGAAGUCUGCCUCUGAGAAAACCAAAAAUGGUCGUGAUACAUCUCUCGGGACUCCAAAGGAAUCUGAAAACACCCUUCCCAUCCAAGUAGAUUAUGAUGCCUAUGAUGCUCAAGUAUUCAGGCUGCCUGGCCCAUCCCGGGCUCAGCGCCUCGCCACCUGCAGGUCUGUGAGAGAACAGGAGAAUCACAAUCGCAAAAGUGCCAGCUCCUGUGAUGUCUCAUCAAGUCCUUCCCUACCAAGCCGUGCACUGCCCACUGAGGAAGUGAGGAGCCAGGCUUCUGAUGACAGCUCCCUGGGCAAGAGCACCAACAUCCUGAUGAUCCCUAACCCCCACCUGCACCAGUAUGAAGUCAGCAGCUCACUGGGCUACACCAGCACCCGAGAUGUCCUGGAGAACAUGAUAGAACCCCCACAGAGGGACUCCAGUGCACCAGGAAGGUUCCAUGUGGGUAGUGCAGAGUCCAUGCUGCACGUCCGACCUGGAGGAUACACACCUCAGAGAGCACUGAUUAACCCCUUCGCCCCCUCGAGAAUGCCCAUGAAGCUCACCUCCAACAGAAGGCGCUGGAUGCACACUUUUCCUGUAGGACCAUCUGGAGAGGCCAUCCAGAUCCAUCAUCAGACCCGGCAAAACAUGGCAGAGCUGCAGGGCAGCAGGCAGAGGGACCCCACCCACUCUUCUGCAGAACUGUUGGAGUUGGCAUACCAUGAAGCUGCCGGAAGGCACAGCACUUCCCGCCAGCCUGGUGACAGCAUGUCCUUGAACUUCAGUGGAACAGAAGAGCUUUCUGUCAGCCUGCUUAGCAACAGCAGUACAGGUGUGAAUCCUAGAACCCAGAACAAGGACUCUCUAGAGGACAGUGUUUCUACCUCUCCAGACCCAAUUCUGACACUGUCUGCUCCCCCUGUAGUGCCAGGCUUCUGUUGCACAGUUGGAGUGGAUUGGAAGUCUCUUACUACUCCUGCAUGCCUUCCCCUCACCACUGACUACUUCCCGGACCGCCAGGGCCUGCAGAAUGACUACACAGAGGGCUGCUAUGAUCUCCUCCCAGAAGCAGACAUGGACAGGAGGGAUGAGGAGGGUGUUCAAAUGACAGCCCAGCAAGUGUUUGAAGAGUUCAUUUGCCAGCGUCUCAUGCAGGGUUACCAAAUCAUAGUACAGCCAAAGACCCAGAAACCCAACACCUCAGUCCCACCCCCAUUGAGCAGUAGCCCACUCUAUAGCAGAGGCCUUGUGUCCCGAAACCGCCCUGAGGAGGAAGGCCAGUAUUGGCUGAGUAUGGGCAGAACUUUCCAUAAGGUGACACUCAAGGACAAGAUGAUCACAGUAACUCGUUACCUUCCCAAGUACCCUUAUGAAUCUGCCCAGAUACGUUACACCUACAGCCUCUGCCCUUCCCACUCUGACUCGGAGUUUGUCUCCUGUUGGGUGGAGUUCUGCCACGAACGGCUGGAGGAAUACAAGUGGAAUUACUUAGAUCAGUAUAUUUGUUCUGCUGGCUCUGAAGACUUCAGCUUAAUCGAGUCUCUGAAGUUCUGGAGAACCCGAUUUCUACUACUGCCAGCCUGUGUCACUGCCACCAAGCGCAUCACAGAAGGGGAGGUGCACUGUGACAUCUAUGGGGACAAACCCCGUGCAGAUGAAGAUGAGUGGCAGCUUCUAGAUGGCUUUAUUCGCUUUGUAGAGGGCUUAAAUCGCAUUCGCAGGCGCCACCGCUCAGACCGCAUGAUUCGGAAGGGGACUGCCAUGAAAGGCUUGCAGAUGACCGGGCCCAUCUCUGCACACUCUCUCGAGUCAGCAGGCCCUCCAGUCGGCAAGAAGGGAACCUCAGCUCUGUCUGCCCUGCUGGAGAUGGAGGCUAGUCAGAAGAGCCUGGGAGAGCAGCAGAUGACUGUGCACGGAAAGAGCUCCACUCAGCCAGCUGAGAACAGCAGUGUUGCCAUGACUCCCACCUAUGUGGACAGCCCACGCAAGGACGGGGCCUUCUUUAUGGAGUUUGUCCGCAGCCCACGCACAGUAUCAUCUGCCUUCUACCCUCAGGGACCAGUGGGGACUGAAAAUGGCAGGAAUGGAAAAACCCUAUGUGCAUCUGUGGACCAGACAGCUCCUCUGGUGCUAGACAGCACCAGUUUAGGGGUCAGCAUGUGCCAGUCCAUGGAUAGAGGCAACAACCAGACCUUUGGGAACUCCCAGAACAUAGAACAGGCCUUUCCCUCUGCAAACUCUGGUGACUGCAGCUCUCAGCAGCAUGUAGCAAGCUCUCUUACGUCAUCCUCUACCCUGGUGGAGAUUCUGGAAGCCAUGAAGCAUCCUUCGACAGGAGUCCAGCUGCUGUCUGAACAGAAGGGCCUUUCACCGUGCUGCUUCAUCAGUGCUGAGGUCGUACACUGGCUGAUGAACAAUGUGGAGGGGGUCCAGACGCAGGCGAUGGGCAUCGACAUCAUGCAGAAAAUGCUGGAAGAGCAGCUCAUAACGCAUGCAUCUGGUGAAGCAUGGCGGACCUUCAUCUAUGGCUUCUAUUUCUACAAGAUAGUAAUGGACAAAGAACCCGAAAGAGUGGCUAUGCAGCAGCCCUCUGCCCCCUGGCACACAGCAGGAGUGGAUGACUUUGCCAGCUUCCAACGCAAGUGGUUUGAGGUGGCCUUUGUGGCAGAAGAGCUUGUGCACUCUGAGAUUCCUGCCUUCCUUCUGCCCUGGCUACCCAGCCGGCCAGCCUCUUAUGCAAGCAGACACAGCUCCUUUAGCCGUAGUUUUGGAGGACGGAGCCAGGCAGCUGCACUGUUAGCUGCCACUGUCCCAGAGCAGAGGACUGUGACCCUGGAUGUUGAUGUGAACAACCGAACAGACCGGCUGGAGUGGUGCAGCUGUUACUACCAUGGAAACUUCUCUCUCAAUGCCGCCUUUGAGAUCAAGCUACACUGGAUGGCUGUGACUGCCACAGUACUGUUUGAGAUGGUCCAAGGUUGGCAUCGAAAAGCUACCUCCUGUGGCUUCCUGUUGGUCCCAGUUUUGGAGGGUCCUUUCGCACUGCCCAGUUACCUGUAUGGCGAUCCCCUGAGGGCCCAGCUCUUCAUCCCGCUCAACCUCGGCUGCUUGCUCAAGGAGGGCAGCGAACACCUGUUUGAUAGCUUUGAACCAGAGACAUAUUGGGAUCGAAUGCACCUUUUCCAGGAAGCCAUUGCACACAGGUUUGGAUUUGUGCAAGAUAAAUAUUCUGCCUCCGCUUUUAACUUCCCUGCUGAGAAUAAGCCACAGUAUAUCCAUGUCACAGGAACAGUGUUCCUUCAGCUGCCGUACUCCAAACGCAAGUUCUCUGGGCAGCAGCGGCGGCGGCGGAACUCUACCAGCUCCACCAACCAAAACAUGUUCUGUGAGGAGCGGGUUGGCUACAACUGGGCCUACAACACCAUGCUGACCAAGACCUGGCGCUCUAGUGCCACAGGGGACGAGAAGUUUGCUGAUCGGCUGCUGAAGGACUUCACGGAUUUCUGCAUCAACCGUGACAACCGACUGGUCACGUUCUGGACAAACUGUCUGGAGAAGAUGCAUGCCAGUGCUCCAUGAAGCCAGGCUGCUCCUCUUAGGAGAGGCUGUGGGUGUGCUGGAGCUGGCCUUCCGGUUAGGCUCUGGGCAGCAGGCGUCAGGCUGCUCCUGUCAGUGAGUGGGGCCACUGCUGACAUUUGGCCUCUGCACAAGUGUGAGUGAGGAGAAAGAUUGGAAGCAGCUGCUGCCGCUACCACCAUCCAGAUCUUGCCAUCCUGUCCCUGCAGCAGGGGGAGGCACAGAUUGUCCGUGGGAGGGAGUCAGUGUCUGGGAAUGGGGUAGGCAGCUUCCAUUAGGGUCCUUUUCCUUCACCAGCAGUGGGAUAUUCGGAACAGAACCUCCUGCUUUCUGCCCAAGAGUGUGUGUGUAUAAGAUAGAUCUGUGACAUAGUGUACCAUUGGCUCAUACCAGCUGUACAUAUGUGUACAUAGCAGAAGCGAAUAAAGCCCU